UCAUUCAUUCGAUGCCUGCCCAGCGAGUUAGAUUUGAGUGACUGAUUUAAAGCUCACAGCAGCAAUAACUACUCCUUUGCGCGCCCACUUCAAAGCCCCUCCAUUCCAUUUCCCCUCCCACCAGCGACUGUUGACCACGAUUGCGACAACAUGGUGCGAUUGAGAGAGAUUCCGAGGACCGCGGCUUUUGCCUGGUCCUCUGGGUCAGCCAAGCCUCUGCUGGUCACCGGAACCCGCGCUGGGGCCGUCGAUGAUAGCUUCUCGGACGAGGUCAAGCUUGAAUUGUGGGACCUGAACCUGGACAGCCAGGAGCAGGGACUCGAGCUUCAGCCCAUCGCCAGUAUCGCCGUUGACUCAAAAUUCCAUGACCUUGCGUGGGGUCCACCAGACGAUACACACACCCGAGGCAUCAUUGCCGGCGCCCUCGAGAAUGGCUCACUGCAGCUGUGGGACGCCGAGAAGCUUGUCUCUGGGUCGUCCGACGCGCAGAUUGCCCAGACGACAAAACACAGCGGCGCCAUCAAGUCUCUUCAGUUCAACCCGCUGAAGCCCCAGAUCCUCGCGACCGCAGGCGAUAAGGGAGAGCUGUGGAUUCACGACAUCAACGAUAUUGAGAACCCACUGCGCCUGGGCAACGCCGCGGCUCGAUCUGACGAUAUUGAGUGUGUAGCAUGGAACAGGAAGGUCUCACAUAUCCUGGCCACUGGCGGCUCAGGGGGAUUUGUGACUGUCUGGGACCUG